AUGAAACACUCUCUUUAUUGCCGACCAUUCACGCUAUUCCGACGGCUAUACGCCACAAAACCCCACCACCAACCUAACUACUUCCAGUUAUUCCCGAGAACCUUCCCGAACCAUGGUCCCCCAAACGAUAGAUUCUUGAUCAAUCCUAAACUCCUUCGUAAAGAGUACCUUCAACUUCAAGGAGAGACCCAUCCUGAUCUUUUGCUCGGAUUACUGGGAUCUAAUGCUAGCAAUGCCGAAGGUGCCAUCACUGCCGAGGAAAUCGUGGCUGAGAAUUCCAAAGUGUUGAACCGAGCGUACGCAAUGUUGAAAUCCCCAUUGACAAGAUCGCAACAUUAUCUCAUGUUGAACGAUAUCGAUAUCAUGAAUGACGAUGAUAAUAAUAAUAGCAGUAGCACUUCUUCCUCUUCGCAGUUUCGGAAAAUCGCCUCGCAAGACCAGGAGUUGUUGUUGAUGAUUUUGGAUAUCCAUGAACAAUUGGAAACCUGCGGGAGUCAGGAAGAAUUAAAGCAAUUGAAGGUGGAAAACGAUCAGCGGAUCGUGGAGGCGGAGAAAAUCCUCGAUGAUUUAUAUUAUAAUCAUCAUGAUUUGCAAAAUGCGGCAGUAGAAACCAUCAAGUUGAAUUAUUGGUGUAAUAUUAAGAAUGCCAUUAAAGAAUGGGAACCUGGCAAGGCUGUCAAUUUGACCCAUUGA